AUGACACGGAUGGAGGCUGGACCGCUCCAUCAUGCGCUCUGGGCGGCGGUGACCCUUCUCCUGCCGCUGGUCUCCUCUCACCCGCAGUGUCUAGACUUCGCACCGCCUUUCCAACCUCCGUGGCACCUGGAGUUCUGCUCACAGUACCAAGAGUUCGGCUGCUGUGACCAAAAGACUGACAACAUGAUCGCGGAGAGAUACUGGGACAUUAUUGAGGUUUUGGAAACGCGUGGACUGGACCUCUGCGCAGACAGCCUCAAAGAAGUGAUGUGCCAGGAGUGCUCGCCUUAUGCUGCACAUCUGUUUGAUGCAGAGGAUCCCUACACUCCGGAUGGAUACCUUUACAUUUUCACAGGAGACGGAGGCAAAGCAGGAGACCCUUUUGGGAAAUAUGGCAACUCACAAAACAAGAGUGCUCUUUUGGGAAAGGUGCUGCGUAUCGACAUAGACCAGACAGACCCCAGUGGAAACGCCUAUAAGAUCCCUCCUGACAACCCCUUCAUAGAUGAGCCAGACGCCCGAGCUGAAGUGUUUGCAUACGGGGUGAGGAACACGUGGAGGUGCUCCGUGGACAGAGGGGACCCAGUGUCCCAUCACGGUCGAGGCCGGAUCUUCUGUGGAGACGUGGGACAGAACAGAUAUGAGGAGGUGGACAUCAUUGUAAAGGGAGGAAACUAUGGGUGGAGAGCCAAGGAGGGGUUUGAGUGCUACGACUUCAAACUGUGCCACAACUCUUCCCUGAAUGACAUCGCGCCUAUAUUUGCCUACAGCCAUCACGUUGGGAAAUCUGUGACAGGUGGCUAUGUGUACCGUGGCUGUGAAUCACCCAAUCUGAACGGCCUCUACAUUUUUGGAGACUUCAUGAGUGGGCGGAUUAUGGCUUUAGAGGAAGACAAACUGACCGGGGUGUGGAAGGAGCGCAGCGUUUGUAUGGGAGAAACCAAGACCUGCUCCUUCCCUGGACUCAUCAACCACCACCAUAAAUUUAUCAUCUCAUUUGCAGAAGAUGAAGCUGGAGAAUUGUACUUUCUUGCUACUUCUUACCCCAGUGCCACAUCUCCACAUGGGACAGUCUACAAAUUUAUGGACCCUUCCAGACGGGCUCCACCAGGAAAGUGUAAGGUGAAAGCACAGCCAGUCAAAGUUCGGGGUAAAAAGAUCCCCUUCACACCCAGAGAGGUCGACAUCAUCAUCAAGUUUGAGGCUACAGAAGCAUUACAGCUUUUGGCUUGA